UGUAGUUUGUUGGUACACUACGUAACGAAACUAUUUUUUUUUCCAAUGACCACAGGUGUUAUCAAUGAAUCUCCAGAGGAGUAUGAAGCCGUCAAUUUUUCUGUGAAUAAGGAGUUUGUCUUUAGCAAUGUUUCGAUAAUCUUAAAAACUUUCAACUUAUCUGAAGACAUAAACCUGUUUGAUAAAGGUGAGGGAUGCUUUUUUCUACCUGCUCUUCUUCCAUUAUCGAUACUGAAAAUGUGUUUGGACCAAUAGAAAUUGAUUUUUUGAGAAAGAAGUAGUCUCCCAUGCAACUGUUAUUGACUCUUCACACAACGUUCGUCCCCAAGAAACCUCUUGGUGAGACCAAGAUUUGGCAGUAGGAGCUUUGUGUAACGUAACGACACAAAAACGACUACGUGAGAGGCUAAGAAGGAAAAAAUGCCCACAGUAUUUUGGACAUCGUCAUCGUUGCUUACAUUGACAAAAUUAACGUGUCUGGGUAAAAACAAUCACUUGUCGCGACUGUUUCUCGGUAUCAUUUCUUAUGAAUAAGCCUGAAUAAGGAAGAAAAAAACGUGUUUCUCUCAGCUCCCAAAAAAGGACGGCUUGACCGAUCAUCAAUAAAUCAUUGGUAAUAAUCAUUACUUAAAAAGCAAAAUUAUAUGGAUAAGGUCAUUAUUAUACUGAUUUUAUACUUGUCACAUUUAGUUAUUUAUUUAAUUUCAUAUUAUUUUACUAUUAUUUUCUGUCAGCAAAAGUAGUUUUCAUUUAAUUUUCAGCUUCAAUGUUUCUUGGGGAAAAUGUGCUUACAUUUAUUGAAGGAAGCUACACAAACAGUUCUACAUGCGUGCUAUCCGCAGUAACCAGCAUUCCUUUUUUCCGUCUCCAUGGAAACAGCAUGCAAUUGGAUCACUGUGGGCCCGUGGUACACAUGUCAGCGGGAUACAAAGAUUACGCACAGGCCUCUCUUGACAUAAUCAGCACAUUCCAAUGGGAUAAAGUUGCUCUUGUUUUCGAUGGUAAAAACAAGUCUAAGUAAUUUGUAUGACGUGUACUGUAAAUGGUUAGGACAAGCUUUGCCGUGAAUCAAUUUAUUCGUUUCUUUCCUUCUAACUUUUCUCUCAUAAGCUUAUGAAAAGCAAUGGUUUUUUUCUUCCUUCUGUCUGUUGGGCAAAUUCAACAGAUUAAUAUAAAUAGCUGUACAAGUAGUUCUUACGAAUUUAGUAGAAUAACAAGUCAGAUUUUUUUCUACUUGAAAAAAAAAAUCAUUAAAAUUUAUUUGCCUAUAAAAAUACUUUUUCACUUACUGUUUGUAGAAAAUCGUGUGCACGAAGCAGGAUAUUUCCACGCCAUAUCCAAGCCACUCAAGAUCACUGUGAACCUAGUUCAUCUUUCUGGGAAGAUGCAAACUGGAGAUGAAGAGUCACAGAUAAUGACAGCAAUGAGUGAAAUUAAAAGUCUUGAACCAGAUAUCAUCUUACUUUAUACCACAAAGAAAAACAUUGAGCUUAUACUUCAGCAGAGGGUAAUUUGACAUUGUUUGCCUCUAUCACUGUCCACUUUAAUUUUGUGACUUCACGUUCCUCUUUUUGUCAAGAAACUAAGGAUUUUUGCAAUUUUUCCUCCUUAAUGGAAUUUUGUAGAAAACGUAUUUCUCAUAGCGGUUGCGACUCGUGCAAAGAUAUCUGAUCAGCGUAAUUAUAAAGAGGAGAGUUUAUUUCAAUUUACACUAACGAUUCGAAUUAAAAAGUUGGCCAAGACAACCUCGUUUCCAUCAACUUUCAGGGCCCAGCUUCCUACUUCAGUGUUUACAGUUUGGAUCAUAAAAAACUGAUCGUAUUAAUAAGUUAGUAUAUAACCGACCUUAUGAUACUUAAUAAUCCUUUCUGAUUUAAGUGAUGACAAUAAUUAGUUGUUUGUUUGUUCGAUUGCUUUACUUACUAUAGACUUCGUUUAUAUGGAGAAAACGUGUCUUGUGUGAAAGGGUCACUCUCCUUCCCGACCUAACCUGGGCAAACCAACUUUUUCUAAAUAUCCUUACAAAACUUGGCGAACCGUUGACACGAGAAACAAAAAGUUGGCUCGGUUAGAAGGGUGACGGGCCUAGCCGGGUUACCUUUCUGUGAUGGUAGGGUCACCCUAAUAGCCGAGCCAGUUUUUCUCCGUAUAAACGAUUUGGCUCGCUAAGCUGGGUCACCUCUAUAAUAAGGCGAGACAAUCACAGCAUGCCAGAGCGCUGUUGUCAGCUCUUGUCUCGGGCAAAGGGGUCGCUAAACAUGCUAAAGUUGAUUCGACUGGGAAGGGUGUGACCCUCUUUACAACUUUUCUCCAUAUAAACGAGGCUAUAUUCUCACCCAGAACCUCAACUAGUCGUAUUUAGGAGGUAAAAUUAUGAAGAAAAUAUAGUCAGGGGACUCGAAAGGGUGACCCUUGGUGGUACAAAACCAAUAGCUGGAUUAACGAGGAUAUGUAAUAAGGAAAUGACGACUGGAAGUUCGCGCUCGGUCCUUCAAAUGGUGUUCGGACCUUAAAUAACGGGGUAGUUGUAUGGAAAUCAGUGCGCUCCACUGUACUGUUUGCAUGGUGGAAAAAAAAAUUGCAGCAAAAUGUCAGUAAUUAUUGAUAUUUUUAGUCUGAAUUUUUUUAUAUAUAUCAAAUAUAUUUCAUUCACAUGAAAGGCCCUUGUUUUGAAGAGAUUUUCUUCGUCCAUUGAUCGUCUCCAGACAUGGACUCGUAGAAGAGCAACUAGAGAACGAAUUGCCAACAAAACUUUACCUUCGAUUCCUCUUUAUUUUCGCUCCUCAGAAAUCUUGUCAGCACUACAAAGGCUACAGAAUUAUUCUCCAAGGAAAGGUAAGGCAGAUGAUUAACUUUUUUUUCUUUCAUUAAAAUUCAAAUGACUCUUUUUUAGUUCUAGCAAAAUAAAAUUCAUUGAAGCUAUUUUUAACAAGAAGACGAGAAUGCAAGACUUGGCAAUACAAUUCCCGGCCGUUUUUCUAGAGUAAAGAAGAAAUUUUAUUUCUUUGUUAACUUUUUAGGUGCCAAUGCAAGUGAAAAGCCAUCCAAAUAACGUGGUUAUAGCAAUGAAACUUCCGUACGUUGAGAGCCAAUCUUCUAAGGAACUGGAAAAUGUUACACUAGGAAAGUACAAGAUGACAGAUAAGGUAUCUUCAAUGACAAUAGUUAAUGGGCUGAGGUGUGUAUUUUUUUUUUUUUUUUCUUUCCAAAAAAGUAGCUGUCUUGGGUUUUCAGGAUAGGAUUUGCGCUUGGUAAACUGGGUAUGUUUAACAACAACUCCUAUCCCAAUUCAAUUUUUCCCUAACCCAAGAUAACUUGUGUAACAAAAUAGACAUAAUUUUAUUUCGUGUAAGCUGAAACAAGAGUAGCCAGUUAACAUUGGUAAAUAAAAUAAUGCGACAAAAAUUUGGUUGUGUGUACAACAGCUAGCUGAGUGCAAGGAAAAACUCUGAGAUUAUUAUUUCACUUUAAUAUGUUUUAUAAACAGUAGUUUUUAUGAAAUGAGGCCGACGUGAAAUCUAAUUAAUACAAAAAAAAUUAAUCCUUUAGGAAACGAUUGCCCUUGCUUACGAUUCUGUCCAAGUUAUUAAUCAGGCCCUGAGCACAGUGCCCUGCUCAUCAAUAAACGGAACAAAUAUUACUUCAAAGCAACGACAGUCCAUACUAACCUGCAUUAAACAGGUAAGUACUUCGUUGAUAUUUGUAAAAUUUCAUUAUUAAAGUAAAUAAGUAUUAAAGUAACAUAAAUGCUUUCAGUUGAUUUGUUUAUGGUGGAAGUGCAGUGUGUUACUUGACUACACUUGAAUAAUCGGAAACAAAUACAGUUGUACAGUUGAGUUGUAAAUCUAAGUGUAACAAGAACUUACUGUACUAAAUUGUAUAUAAACUCGGUAAUCAGUUUUGCAAGGGUUACAAUGAUAAAAUUCUGCAAAAAUUAGUAGUUUAUUUAUUUUUCUGAUUAAAACAAUCUAUUAUCUCCUUCACAAAAAUUAAGUACUUAAUUUAAGAACCUUCUUAGCCUAAAUUGCCAAUAAGUACCUCAAAAUACAAGAAACUAUCUUGCCAAGCUUCAAAGAAAGUAAGUUCUUGAUAGCAGGUGUUUAUUGUAAUACAAAUAUAGUAAAAAACGGAUUAAAAGACCCGGGUAAGCAGAUAGCUUUUUUACCAGCUUGGGUGAGGAUUUAAACUUGGGACGACCUAGAAACACAAUUUGCAAUUAAAUUUUCAUUUAUUUUCCUCAGGUUAAUCUUAACGGCUUGACAGGAACUGUUAAAUUCACUGAAAAUGGACACAGAGAGGGGAUUAACUUGGAAAUUUUUAAUCUACAAAAUAAUUCCUUUGAAAAGGUAAGUAGCAAAUGAUAAAAAGCAACUGAAUUUGCUAGGCUUCUGUUGAUGCUCAAUCCUACAGCAACCUUGACAAUUAGCAAGUUCCGGGAGUGUUUCCGGGAAGGUUUACGAUUUUUAUUACAUCUGAUUUAUCGUUCCAUAGAAAGGUAUGUGGAACUUAACAAGACGAGCCGUUAUGUUUGGAAACAUCACGCCCAACAUAGUUAAUAGCUCUUCCUCAGGAGAAACUCUGGAAGGAAAAAAGUUGCGUGUUGUUGUUGUCGAGGUAAGGCCAGUAAUAAAUAUCUUACAAUAAAUAAGGAGUGAUUGACACUCUAUACAAACUUUUUGUUGCAUCUCUAUGGCUUUUCACGCAUGUUCGUUGCAAUCUCGACCCCAGAGGAAGAAUUUUUCUCCAAGAAUUUGUAUAGGUAACAGCCUGAUUAGUAGUGGUAUUUGGCAUAGAUACCACGAGUGAUAUAUAUUUCAUUAUAAGUUUUUAUAGGUCAAUAUAACAACUGGCCAGAAAUAAAAUAGGGUUUAUUUUCCAGAGGAGAGAAAUGCUUUUGUUGUUAACCCUAACACACCACCCAUAUGGCCGCCGUGACGUCAAGUACAAACCAGCAAUACCACGUUAUGUAAAAGCUUAGAAAUUCAAGCGUACUGUAUCACAAAACGAUGGGCCCUUUCGAAGUGAACAUUUGUGUAAAUAUUAGCUUUUAGCUGCACUAAUACUUCAUGAAACUAAAAACUAAAGAGGAUCGAUAAUUUAGUGAUGACCUCGUGUAAAUCCGGCAGUAACAACACUUCCAAGUUUUUCCUUUAAGAGUCAACAUAACUUUUUUCAGCCAACAUCAUUGAUUUGUACAUUGCAUCGAUAAGUACGAAUCUGAUUUAUCUACUUUUCUCUAGGAUCAUCCUUUUGUUAUUAAGAAAGAAAGUAAUGAUACUUUACCAUACAAAGGUUUCUGCAUCGAUCUUCUUCUUGAACUGGCCAGACUUCUCAAGUUUACGUUUGAAAUAAACUACUCUCCAGAUGGUUUAUAUGGCGGAAAAACGGACAAUGAAAGCUGGAAUGGCAUGAUUGGAGAGUUAGUAGAGAAGGUUUGUAAAAUAAAAGGUCGUGUAACAUUUGAAUGUGACCAUUAAAAUGCAAAAUCGAGGGAUUAUCGCUGAAGCUUCAUAAAAAUCAACACCUAAAUGUAUAGCCUGCGAAAACAGCAGUUUCUCCUCGCUCUACGCCGCUAGGGGGAAGUUUCGCGAGGAAUAAUGUCUGCGACUCAGCGACAGAAAUUGCAUACUGAUGACGUAAAAUCUGUCCGGAAGCUGGUCAAAAGCGCUGAUUGGACGACGGAGUAGUUACAUUGUUUCAGCUAUUAUCUAGGAAUGACAGACAAAAGACAAAAGGCUACAAAGGUCAAAUGCAAACGUGAUAAAUCUAUAACAAAACAGUCAAUAUUUGUGGAAUAUAUUCUUCUCGAGAAGAAGCUUUUGAGUUUUGAUGGAGCUCGUUCGCCGAUGAACAUAACACUUUACAAAAAUCGACCAGGAGAAACGUAAAAUCGAACAAAUUUGCAUUUGGAACCCCAUGAAUUCCGAGUUUGUGUAAACAUUGAUUUACGUCAUCAGUCGCUGAGUCGCAGACGUUACUCCUCUCGAAGCGUCCCCAGCGGCAAGGAGCGAGGAGAAACGGCUGUUUUCGCAGGAUAUGCGGAAAUGUCGCAUGAAAUAAAUAGUUAUUUUAAAUAUAUAUUUCAAAAAAAUCAAAUAUCCAAAAUCGACCCUUCGCCAAAUAUUCGCGGCCUGACCAAUAUCCCCUGAAGACGUUGAAUCUUUUUAGUUCGAACGUAGCUUUUCUAAAUCUUAACUACAUCACUGAUAACGUCAGAACCGUUCAAGACAUGUUUCUUUUAGCAUCAGGAUCGUGCACUCUCCACUAUUUCUGUUGCAUGGUCAUAUUCAUUGACCUCUCCACUAAGGGAAAAAGGGAAUCAAAGUCUUGAAACGUAUGUUUAAACUUUUGAGUCUGUGGACAAAUUAAUCCUGUGUAGUGUGACCCGUUCAAUGAACUUGUUAGGAAGUAAUGUCCAGUUGUACUGUUUGAUUUUUGGCAUUUAACAAAAUGAUUUUUGGAAAUUUUGUUCAAUCAUUAUUUCGGACGCUUUGGGAGUGAAAGGCUUAAGACAGAUUAACAGGCGAGUUUCAUGCGUUUAAUUACAGUUCUAUCAGACCGUGUUGUAUAAAAUGAAAACGGACUGUUCUCAAUUAUAUUCUCCUUUUUCUCUGAAGAGAGCUGACUUCGCUGUAGCUUCGCUGACGGUAACUGAAGCUCGUGAAAAGGUAAUAGACUUUACAGUUCCCUACAUGUUCUACACGGAAGACAUAUUGCUGAAGAAAUGGUCAUCCGAAGGCAAAACCGAUUUGCUACAAUUUAUGAAUCCCUUUGAUAACUACGUUUGGUGUUGCACUCUGGCAAUAGUUCUACUCAUCUCGGUCGCUGUGUUUGUAAUUAACUACUUCAGCCCUUAUGGCUACAAAGACGAGAAUGGCACAGGAACUUCGGAGGAGUUCAACUAUCUUAACAGCUUAUGGUUUGCGUUUGCUUGUAUGCUACAACAAGGUGGUGAUAAUACACCUCGAAACUUGUCGGGUUAGUCUGAUCUUGGAUUAGAAAUUUUUUCAUUCGAUUAUAUUGAGAGUUUCAAAUAAAAAGGCUCUAUUACUCCGUUAUUUUUGUACAAACAGGAAAACUGAGUUGGAAUUCCUGUUAAGCCGCUUCUGAGUUUCAGACUACUUUUGUUAAUGACAUCGAAUUGAGAACAAUCGCAUUUACGAUAACUUACUUAGCAAUGCACAUUUGCGCGUCGUUCAAAUAUAAUUUGCAGAGAGAACAAUCACAAACGAUAAGUUUACCAAAUGAAUAAUACUCCCUUUAUCGAUGCAUUUGUUUUUGUGGCGGCUACUAAAUAAACUUUAAAUACGUAGUUAGUUUGUGCAAGGUCUUGCACCCAAAAUUUACUGUGGUCUGGAACAGAUGCUACGAUCUGUUCUCAAAGAUUCCUUGGUUCGAUAAAGGCUUCGUACAAGGAGACCGCGUAUUCAAAAUUUAUGGUCGCCACAAAACAGACUCAUGAUUGUAUGAUUCAGUGCCCAUUUCAUGAAUUAACGUUCAGUUGUAUUUCCCUUAGGUCGCAUUCUUGCUGGUUGCUACUGGUUUUGUAUCCUUAUCUGGGUCUCAACCUACACAGCCAACCUGGCCGCAUUUUUUACCGUAAAAAACACUGAACAUCCCAUUCAUAAUCUUGAAGAACUUGCAAAGUCUACUUAUCAGGUUGGCAUCCUUGGAUCAUCAAGUGUGUCUGAUGCGUUUGAGACAAGUCAGUAUGAGACACAUCAAAAACUUUGGCAAAGAGUGCGAACAGGAAAUACAUUUGUCGAAAGCACAUCUCAGGGAAUUCAGUGGGUCAGAGAGAGAGAGAACUUUGUGUUCAUACAUGACGGACCGGCUCUUAAAUAUACUUCAAACCAGCCACCAUGCGACCUAACAACAGGUAGCUUAGGUUGUGCGCACACUAUAACGGAUAGUUCGCGGGCCAGGGGCCCGUUUCUCGAAAGUCCCGGUAACUUUUCGGGCCCGAAAUCAAAUAUUCAAAUCGAAAUAUAAAGAAUAAGAGCGCGGGUCCUGGCUAGCAAACUACUCCAUUUUGUUUCACUAACUGAUAGUUUUAUAAUGCUAGAUGCAAAACUUUUGAAACCUCGAUCUUUAAUAUAAACGGAGACGGCUUACCGGGCCCGUUAAUUAUCGGGACUUUCGAGAAACGGGCCCCAGGGCCCGGUUGCAUAAAACGUCCGUAACAACUACGGGUACACGUACGUGCACUCGUAACUUAAGUCAGUUGCAUGAGAUCACUUAAGUGGUCCACUUAGGGAAUUCACUUAAGUGGUUGCACUUACGAUUUUCGUAAGUAUUCACUUAAGUGUCGUUUAUGCAACAGAAAUUGCGGGUGUUGCAUAAAACUUUUUUUACGGGAAAAAAUAGUAAAAAUAGUAGAAAAUAGUAGAAAUAAAUAGUAAAUUUACGGGACCUAUGUAGGUCCCGUAUCGUCACUGUUUUUACUAAAUUUGACGAGAUCUUUUACUGAGAAGUGAAAAAAAGUAUCUUUCGUUCUAAUGCGCUUUGUUAACCUCUGAUGUACACUUUUGUGAAAAAAGAAGAAGAACUGUCAUUUUCAGUAGAUAUUGAAGAAAAAUAACGUUUGCAUGCAAAUUUCAUUUUUUGAGAGGCUUAAAAGUGUUGGAAACGACUUUAACUUUCUUUACACUCACCGAUGGUUAGCUUAAAAAAAAAAGAGUGAAUCGUUAAUAAAGUACUAUAUCAAGGUUACGUGUGCCCUUAAGUGAGCCCGUAAGUUACCACGUAAAACAGAAACUUACGAGAGUGCUAAGUGUGUUCCAUGCAACACCCGUAAGUGAACCCAUAACGGAUUCGUAAGUGACCUACUUAAGUGAGCACUUAAGUGCAGGUUUUAUGCAACCGGGCCCAGCCUGAUAUAGUUCUUCUUCUUUUUUCACAAAAGUGUACAUCAGAGGUUAACAAAGCGCAUUAGAACGAAUUACGUGAAGAAAAAUACUUUUUUUCACUUCUCAGUAAAAGAUCUCGUCAAAUUUAGUAAAAACAUUGACGAUACGGGACCUACAUAGGUCCCGUAAAUUUACGUGCUAUUUUUCCCGUAAAAAAAGUUUUAUGCAACACCCGCAACUUCUGUUGCAUAAACGACAUUUAAGUGAAUACUUACGAAAAUCGUAAGUGCAACCACUUAAGUGAAUUCCCUAAGUGGACCACUUAAGUGAUCUCAUGCAACUGACUUAAGUUACGAGUGCAGGUACGUGUACCCGCAGUUGUUACGGACGUUUUGUGCAACCGGGCCCUGUUUCUCGAAAGACCCGGAAACUUUUCGGGCCCGAAAGGAAAUUUGAAAUUAAAACCUGUUACAUAGUAACACAGUUCUUAGCCCACAAACCAGUCAAUUUUGCUUCGUUCACUAACAGUUGCAUUGUAUUAUUUUCAAAAUUAUUAAAACUUUGAUCUUGAACGCAAACACAACAAACAGAAAACAACUUUCCGGGCCCGAAAAGUUAGCGGGACUUUCGAAAAACAGGCCCAAGCACCAAAACCGUGUCAGAUACUUUAGGGCUUCUAUUCACACAUAAAAAAGGUUAUUUUAACGCGAUUUCAGUAAAAGAGCGAGGGAGCGCCUCGCCUGUCUCCAAGGUAAAGCGUAAUAUAUCGGAUAGGUUUGUGUCACACUUUGAUGCAAUGUGAACAGGUUAUUCGUUCCGUAGCGGAGGUGAAUAAGUAGGAGCGCAGACUGGAAAUCAUGGAGGUGGAAGUAAAUAUUCAGGACGAGUGAGGAGUGGAAUUCAGUGCACCAAAACCCUCUCGGUCAACCGCUCUGGCACGAUGUUCGGUACUCCGAUGCGCGCGAACGGCUUCGGUUCCAGUCCCGGGGUGUUGUUGUUCAUGAUAUACUGAAUAGCUACCCGUUAUGUGUGUAGACAUAAAAGUAUAUUGUUUAAUUCAGAAUAGACCUUUCUACCGAUACGGCGGCCAUAUUGAAUUAAUUGGAUUUAAGGAGUAUUAUGGGAUGCUCAGGGAAUCAUGAGCACGAUCUGAUCUACUUCCAUCAGUAUUUAUGCGCGCUUUUCGGGCCAAUUUUUCUUUAAGUUUCCCUAGAAAAAGAUUGUAAAGAGGAAAAACAUGGUUGUGCCGUCUUUGGAUGUAAUAAUGAUCGCCUUUUUCCCGAGAAAUAUACGUUGCAGUUCUCUUUUUGCCCGAAAAGCGCGAAAAAAUCAAACAAAUUCAAUAUGGCCUGCGUAUCGGUAAAAAGCUCAAUUGAAAUUAAUCAUAAUUUAAUAAGUGUCUCGGAAUUGUUGAGAGAGUUAAAGAUGCUCUUGCUGAAACGAAAAAACGUGUUCGCCCUCUGGGGCACCUAAGAGGAAACACGUUUUUCAAAUUAAAUUAUAUUUUAACACCGUAAAAAAAAACAAUGUUGUUUCAUAGUUCCAGGUCUUAACACGGCCAAAGGAAUGGCGUUCGCUCUGCAAGCAAAUAAUCCGCAUACCAAAGAGUUAACUCUGACUAUUCUGCGCUUGCAAGAAAACAAUUUCCUUGAUGGACUUAGACGCAAAUGGUGGGAAACCUCAAGUAGCUGCCCUGAAGAAGAAGAUACGGGUAAGAAACAACUAUUAAUUACUUAUUUUAAAUUUGUUUAGAAAAAAAGACAUAAUUUUACCCGAAACCAACUGAUUCCUGCUAAGGGACAAUUAAAAACAGCUACUCAGUAAAGAGAUGUGGUUGUUUCACGAGAUAAAGAAUUUUUCUAGAGGUUUUUGAGUAAACUUAAGUUUCAGUUGAGGAGGUAUAUUUACGGAUUGAAACACAACAUGACCUUUAAACAGCAAGAGAAAGUAAUAAAUGCAUUUCCCAGCCUGUUAACAAAGGCACUGCUAAAGGUUAAUUUUUGAACGAUCUUUCCCGGAUGACAAAGUCAAGCGUUUCAAGGUUUGCAUUCAUUCCUCAGUUUUUCAUCCAUCCUAAGCCAAAGAUACUGUUAAAUAAUAACAUCGUAACUCUUAGAAAGAUCUUAGUGACACUACUUCCCAUGAUUAAAAACCGCUCUUCAAGUUACUUCUUAUUUGCGUGCUCUCAUGAAAAAUUAGCAACAUUUAAUCAAAAUAGUUGUAUACUGUCUGAUACUAAUUUUUUAACACAUAUUUGUUACCGAAAAUGGUGUAUGGCAAAAAGUCAAAAUAUAUUGAUGGAUUCUCCAAAUAUUUGGUGGACUAUCCGAAUUCUCCAAUAUUUGGCCAGGCAUGUUUUUCUGCUUCAGUGGCCAGUGAACAUAGAAUGAUAUAAUUUCAUGACAACGUCAUAAUUAGCAAAUAUCGAAUGACGCUGAGUAGGAUAUGAACAAUUAUGCAGAUCAAGGAGGGUGCUUCGAGGCCGAAGGCCGAGGUGGAUAACACCCUGCGAUAUCUGCAUAAUUCUUCAUAUCCUACGAAAGACGAAUUCAAUAACUGCUUUAUUACUCGUUCAAAAUAAUUCCUAGUUUAAAAACAAGCUAAAACAUACUUACCUCCAGCGAUGUAAAGUUCAUCUUGAGUGUACGUUAAUCGGCAAGUGUAGGAGAUAUAGGAAUGUUCAGCUCCGCAAAUAUUCUCCAAAUAGCAGAUGUCGUCCUUCGUGUUGCCUUCUUACUGUUCUGCUAUGUUUUUACCCAAAAGCUCGCCUAUUCCUUCCUGGUGAUACGAGAAAAACGUUCUGCCAUUUUGUAUCCACAGCGUAUUCACCACCAAAACAACUUAACCUCGUCCCCAGGUCUUCUCUGUAACGGUUGAAUAAUCUGCAACUUUGAUCUUUGUUUGACGUCAUCGGUUGAAUACGGCAAAAUUCUUCCAAAUUGGUCAACAGUAGCUGGUUAUGAUAAAUUAUGCGUGUGAUUUUAGCCAAUCAGAGACGAAUAAAUAUUUUGAAUGAAUUAUAAUCAAAUAUAAUACACUACCGGAUCCUAUGGAAUCAGAUCUGUUCUCAUAUAUUUUUCUCGUAGUUGAAUCAUCUACAUCAUUUCUUCGACCAGGAACAAGGGUUAUAUUUGAUAAAAGGAUUAUAUUCUUGCCUUCUUUAUGUUUCAGUUAUAUCACGUCGGCAAAUCGGUCUGAAGAGUAUGCUGGGAGUUUAUAUUGUACUUGCUGGUGGAAUUAUCAUGGCAUUCAUCACGCUGGUUGUAGAGAUCUACUGGAAGCGUAGAGUUAAACAAAGCGUUGCCAAUAAAUUUCGAAGGUUGGUGGUAAUUUGA